UUGACCGAUCUUAACAAUUUCGGUACUCCACUGUGAGCAACUCUGAGCAACUGCGAGAUCACGGCCAAAGUGGAAAGAUACGCUCAGCACGAUCGUUCUCAGUAGUGGUGAAUUUUCACCUACCGAAGAAAGACGCAUGAUCUUUUGGGGAACACAAGAAACUACCUUACCGUGCACAUCAGUUUGGUGGCGAUCGCGUAUUUGUUUUACAUUUGUACUUAAUUUUUCAUCCACAAUAGUUAUGGAAAACAAUCAGCAUUGAUUGGAAAUGAGCAAAGAGUGGUUAGUGUGGUAGAAAUUCUAGUUGGCACACAAUGCCCAAACUAGAAGAGGGAAGCAAAAAACCAGCAUCACAUACAUCGCAACAAACAUGAGCAAAUAGCUGUUGAUUCGACGAUCGACUGUUGACAGAGUAGACUAAUUGGAAAACCGAUUCCAACGCGUGAAGUGGAACGCGUUGUGCGUUUUGGGGAAAGUGAAUAUUGUGCGCGAUUUCCGGUUGAAUUUAAGUUUGUGUUGUGCGCGUGGAAGAGGGUGUAGGAAAGCGAAAUGUGCAGCAGGACGUAUGAAAUUUGCUGUGUCAAUGGCACCGAAACCCAGAAUCGUGCAUAAAAUUAAGGUACACAUCCGGUGACAGCAUUACGCACUCUCGCAAUUCGUUCGCACCGCAAUGGUUAUUUUCCGGUCAGUUUAUUUGUGUGCGAAACGAUUGUGAACGUAGCAGCCCUGGAGGCCAGACGGAAAUUCUCGUAGUAUUUGGGUAUAUGGCAUGUUUCCGUGCCGUUUUUUUUUUCUUUCUUCCACCCGCGUGCACUAUUCCGCACAAUGUGUACCCCCGCUGUGGAACCGCUGGGGGAUGAGUGUAAAACAAUUAAAUUUUCAUGCUGGUGAUGCGCGGUGAUGUGGAAAUCAGCUUCGUUCCGUGCGGUUUGGCGGAGUGAAAACAACGGUGUGAAAAUGGUUGCACACUUUGGCAAAAAUUAAAACCAGAGAAAAACCAGGAACACCCGGGUUGAAUGCGUGGUGCCAAACGGGGAACCGGAGAAAUAAAAUCAAACACCAAACAAAGUCAGCAAAGCCACGGCUAACGUGUGUGUGUGUAUGUCUGUGAGUGUGUUGGUGUGUGUGUGACGGAAAAUCCCUCUUUUCUCGCCGCCCCCCUCAAAUAGUACGGGAAAAUCAACACUGCAACAUAAACACACAGGCGAAAAUGAAAACGAAUUUCCUUUCGGCUACAAUUCGCGUGCUGCACGGAUGACGGGAGUGAAAUAGCGCGUGCUGGUAUUGUGGAUGGCGCAAGUGAGUGAACCGCAGAGUGUAUAUACGCCGGUGAAGAUUCCGACGCUCACACUCAGGCUAUUGUCACCGUUAAAGGGUGUGUUUGUGCCAUUGUUUGCAUGCUGAGGUUAAUACAUUUAAUGCUUCAUUAAACAACAACUGAUUGCUGCUGGUUGCAAAGCCACAAACCUGUUUAUUGGAACGAAGGGAGCCAACCGACUCUGUCCCUUCGUCCGCCGUCCCGGUAUUUGUGGGUCGUAGAAAAUCAAACCGACCGAACGCAACCGAACUUUGGGUAUACCACCACCGGACACCUACCUACCUGGAAUAUCGGUUCCGAUUUGUACUUGUUAUAUGAAGGUUUAGGUGUUUGGAUUAGUUCAUCAUGACCACCAGGGGUAUUAGAAGGAAAAAGUCCUACUUGGCGGAAAUCAAGGUGGCGGUCAUUGGAGCACCGUGUGUUGGGAAAAGUGCCUUAACAGUACGAUUUCUCACCAAACGCUACAUAGGAGAGUACGACCACCAGGCAGAGAACCGGCAUAAAUACGAAAUCAUGGUCGAUGGUGAAGCGGUCCUGUGUGAGAUAUGGGAUACAUGCCCAAAGAUCGAAGAAAAUGCCGAAGCCCUUUCGUUAACUGCAAGCUCCGAAACCGUACAGUGGGCGGACGGUUUACUGCUCGUCUAUUCAAUAACAGAUCGCGAUUCCUUCAAUUUCAUACGUAAAGCGAAGGAAGAACUGGCCGGUGAUAUGCCUGUCGCGCUAGUGGGCAAUAAGGUUGACAUGGUGCAUCUUCGGCAGGUCAGCACGGACGAGGGUGAAAUAUUGGCGAAAGACUUUGAGUGCAAAUUCUUCGAAAUAUCAGCCGCCGAACAUGUGUACCAGGUGGCGGAAGCAUUCCUUGAGCUGUGCCGUGAGGUGCUCACGGGGAAGCGGAAAUCGAAGCAGAGCUUCAUCGACAAGAUUGAUCGUAUGUUGAGUGGUUCGCGUACUUACAGCCGAGGGAAGAGUGAUAGUAUUUCACCGAAAGAGUAACAUUUCGUUGCGUUGUGAUAGGGUGUCGAGCAGCAACAGAAUCGAUUUUUUUUUAAGUUCAUUCAGGAACUUCUUUUUGUCAAAUUCAAUGUUAUUUGUAACAAAACAUUUCAGAGAAAUCAAUGAUAUUCAUUCAUGGUGAAAAUGAAGUUAAAAGCUUUUUAAUAUUUUCCACGCAGAUCAGUUGAACAACAUUUUAAAAUUUACUAAAGGGAACACUCAAACGAUACGUAAUAUGUAAUUAAAUUGUUGAACUCAACCAAUAAAUUUAAAAGAACGUUCAAUUGAUUCUACCGCUUUAUAACCACCAUUUAAAUAAAAUUGUUUGUCACGCUUGA